AUUAAAUAUUAAAAAAUGUAAAAAAUUGAAAGAUAUAUGAUUAUAAUUUUUCUUUACAACCUGUGCUAGGUAGCAGUAGAGUAGUCAUCUUUGACUGUGAACUUUCUUUCAGGCGAGCUUCCAAGCAACUGCAACUUAUCAAGGAUGAUAAUAAGUCUGGGUUCUGUCACUCUCACCGCAAACCAUGAGGUUCAAAGCAGUCAUCUUCUUCCUUCUCCACUUAUUCUCACACCUCCAAGCGUACACCCCAGUGGACAAUUUCACCAUCAGUUGCGGUUCCUCCGGAACAUCCUACGAUGGCCAAAGGACAUGGACCGGGGACACAGGUUCAGUGCUCUUAACAAACGAAGACGCCACCGUUUCAGCCAAAGCCACAACAACGCAAUCUCCUUCGACCAACCAGGUCCCCUACGCCACAGCUCGCCUUUCUCAUUCCCAAUUCAGUUACUCAUUCUCUUUCUCCACCGGAGGCCCAAAAUUCCUUCGCCUCUUCUUCUUCCCCGCUUCUUACCCUUCCUUUCCACGCACUCACGCAUCCUUCUCUGUUCACUCAAACCAAUUCAUCCUCCUCCAAGAUUUCAACGCCUCUCUCAACGCCGACGCUGAGAACAAGGAAGUCAUCUUCAAAGAAUACAUAGUCUUCGUGGAGGAGGGUCAGAGUCUUAUCCUCAUCUUCACUCCCUCGCAGUCAAACUCCUACGCUUUCAUCAACGGAAUCGAGGUACUCUCCAUGCCAAACAAUUUAUAUUACACCUCAGCAAAUGACACGGGCUUCACCAACGUGGGAAAUACCACGCCCUACGUCCUUGCAACCGGCUUUGCUAUGCAGACCGAGUACAGAAUCGAAGUGGGAGGACAAGAAAUAUCACCACAAAACGACACCGGUUUGUUCAGAAAAUGGGCCGGUGACGACGAAACUUAUUUCGUUAAACAAAAUCCUGGUCUAUCAGCAGUGGCGGAUACUAAGAUGAACAUAACAGUGAGUCCUGACUACGUGGCACCGGAGGCACUGUACAGAACAUCGCGUAGCAUGGGCACAAACGCCACUCUGAACCAAAUCAGCAACCUCACAUGGGAGUUUCCCGUUGAUUCUGGCUUCACUUACCUCCUCAGACUCCACUUCUGCGAGUUUGAGCCCGAUAUUAAGGAGGUGGGUGACAGGGUCUUCUUCAUUUACAUAGCAAGCCAGUUAGCGGAGAGACGCGCAGAUGUUAUGAUGUGGAGCGAGAAACGGAAAGGUUUCGGUGUGUAUAAAGACUACGCCGUUUUCAUUUCCAAGAAUGAUUAUCAGAAAAAGGUUAAUCUCUCCCUCCAAAUGCAUCCUUACGGUGAUGAGACGAAAUACAGCUCCGCCUUUUUGAACGGUCUCGAGAUUUUUAAAAUCAGCGACCCUAGGUCUAACAACCUCGCCGGACCUAACCCGAUUGAGACUCCACAGGAAAAGGGAAAUAGAAGAAACAGAGGGCGGAUAAUUGGUAUCACGGCGGGGACAGUAUCCGGUGUCGUUUUCAUAUCGCUUGUCGUUUCCUUUGUCCUCUUGUCGACCAAUUUUAAGUGGAGUGCACUGUUGUUCCCAAUGACCAAGUCAACCAAAUACCACAAUUUUUCUCUGCCAUCUGAUCAAUGCCGUCGGUUUUCCUUCGUCGAGAUCAAAGCCGCCACCAAAAACUUCGACAACGCCUUCAUCGUCGGCGACGGAGGAUUUGGACACGUGUACAAGGGCUACAUCGACGACAACUCAGUCCCCGUGGCUAUCAAGCGCCUUAGACAGGGUUCCCAGCAGGGGGCUAGCGAGUUCGUGAACGAGAUCCAGAUGCUCUCGCAGCUCCGACACCGCCAUCUCGUCUCUCUCAUCGGAUACUGCUGCGACAACAAAGAGAUGAUCCUCGUUUACGAGUUCAUGGGACGUGGAAACCUCCGCGAACAUCUCUACGGCACAGAUAAUCCCUGUCUGUCGUGGAAGCAGCGCUUGAAGAUUUGCAUUGGCGCCGCGCGCGGGCUAAGCUAUCUUCACAGUGGCGCCAAGCACAUGAUUAUCCACCGUGACGUGAAAACAACGAACAUCUUGUUGGAUGAGAAGUGGGUGGCGAAGGUUUCAGAUUUUGGGCUAUCCAAAAUGGGGCCGAAUGAAAUGUCGAAGGCCCACGUGAGCACCGCCGUGAAAGGCAGCUUUGGGUAUUUGGAUCCGGAGUAUUACAUUCGGCAGCGGUUGACGGAAAAAUCUGACGUGUACUCUUUUGGGGUGGUGUUAUUUGAGGUACUCUGUGCCCGUUCUCCUCUGAUCCAUAGCGAAGAAACCGAACAGGUGUCACUAGCUAAUUGGGCCAGAUAUUGCUGCCAAAAUGGGAUAGUGGCGGAGAUUGUGGAUCCCAUAUUAAAGGGGAAGAUCGCUCCCGAUUGUUUAACCAAAUUCUGUGAGAUUGGGGUGUGUUGUUUGUCACAAGAGGGGAUGCAGAGGCCUUCCAUGAACGAUGUCGUUUUGAUGCUGGAGUCUGUACUGAAACUGCAAGAGAGUGCCGACGAAUACGAAACAGAGGAAGAUAUUGACCGUGUGUUUGAUGCCGGAGAGCACCGCAAUAGUUACAAGGACAACGAUAAGUUUAUGUUGGAGCUUUUUUCUGAGAUCGUCGACACGAAGCCUCGUUGAAGUAACCCAAUAAUUGUCAGGGGGUGGACCAAUCAAAUCACAUUUUAUUAGGGUAUAAGUCUACUCCUUAAUUAUAGGCUUUUUUUUUUUUUCUUGUUUUUCUUAGCUGUGUAUGGGCUAUUAAAUAGUCUAAUGCCUUCCACUCAAUAAUACUCCGUACAUUCUUCCUAAUAUUA